CCCACUAUUAUGCCAGCUGUAGCGCCCAGUGCAGACUCGUCUCAGGGUUUUCGCUCUGCCCACUUCCCUCCUCCGGCCUGCUUCAGGGGAGGGCCGAGCUGCAGAUGUAAAUUUGAUAUUCCUAAGCUUAGAGCUGACUGGCGUUGAAAGCUACAGAUUGACAGAUAAGGAGUGUAGGUGGGGAGAGAAGGUGUCCGAGGAAUGAGGCCCCAGAGCCUUCAAUGUUAAGAGAGCCCAGCAAAGGAGACUUCAAAGAAGCAGAGCGAGGGAGGAGAGCGUGGUGGCCCGGAAGCACUCCAGGAGCAGGGAGUGGGCAACUCUCUGCUCAAAGUCAAUUAAAAGACGAGCUGAGAAUUGCUUGUUGGGUUUAGCAGAGUGGAAAUUGUUGGGACCUCGAUCUUAGCCGUUUCGAUGGCGUGGUGGGGGCGAAAGCGUUCACGACAGAAUAGGAGGAAAGAAAUUGGAGACUACGAAUAUAGACAAGCCUUUGAAAACGCUUUGCCGCAAAGGGGAGCAGAAAAAUGGGUGGUUCCUUCAUCAGCUUCAGGCCAAGUUCGAAGUUACUAUGUAGAUUGGAAAAUGUUGCGUGAUGUGAAGAGAAGAAAAAUGGCCUAUGAGUAUGCAGAUGAGAGGCUUCGGAUCAAUUCUCUCAGGAAGAAUACCAUUCUGCCAAAAGACCUUCAGCCUGACGUCCUAGAGGUCAUGUCAUUGUUUACAAAGCUUAAUGAUAAGUAAAUGACUUGGACACAGAUUUUGCUCAGACACCUCAAAUCUGGUAAGUCUUUUACCCUCUGGUGAUGGGUCUGGUUGGAUAUGGGUUGAGGAGUUCAUUUAGUGUUCAGCCAGUUAUCAAGUCUUGUCUUGGGUUUUUGUGUGUUUUUUAAAUUUUUUUAUUUUUUUAUACAGCAGGUUCUUAUUAGUCAUCAGUCUUAUACACAUCAGUGUAUACAUGUCAAUCCCAAUCGCCCAAUUCAUCACACCACCACCACCACCACCCUGCCGCUUUCCCCCCUUGGUGUCCAUACGUUUGUUCUCUACAUCUGCGUCUCAAUUUCGGCCCUGCAAACGAGUUCAUCUGUACCAUUUUUCUAGGUCCCACAUAUAUGCAUUAAUAUAUGAUAUUUGUUUUUCUCUUUCUGACUUAAUUCACUCUGCAUGACAGUCUCUAGAUCCAUCC